AUGGCGAACGGCGACCCCUCGGAGCGGCGCAUCCUGCCGCAAAGCUCGCAGAUGAACUCGUUUUCCUUCGCCCCCCCUGCGUAUCAGCAACCACCACCAGAAACUCAACAAAAAAACUAUGUCUUUGUUGACGAACACAACCGCCAUAAACGGCUGAAAGGAUACGACGGUGCGACCGACGGCCAAGGCUACGAAGACCAGCCGCAGCCACAGCAGCAGCAACCAGUGCAGAUGCAGCAGCCACAACAAAACCAGCAACAGCCUCCAAGUUUACAACCGCAGCGGCAGCCGCAACGGCAGCAAAUAUUGCCACCUCAGCAGCAGCAGCAGCAGCAGCAGCAACAACAACUUCAACAACCUCCACAGCUGUACAACGCACCAUUGGAUUUCCGUCACCAGCAGCUUGAUCCCGUGGGCUUUUCCGAUGACACGAAACCGCCACAAGGCAUCUACGGAGCGCCGACGAUCAACUUUUCCACGCCAAACGGGAGCACGCCAAAUUUGGGUGUGUACGGACAGGUCCCGUAUCCAGGUCCGACCGCCGGGCUUCAGUAUACGACAGGACCUCCGUCUCUCGGUCUCGUAGACACGACUACAUAUACCAGCCAGCAAGAUGUGUUCCCAACGCCUCCGCUGCAGCAUGGCUCGCACGCACAAUCGCCCUCUGAUUCGGCAUACGUGACAAACGAUGACCAGGCGAGCUAUGCCGGCGGGGACCUGGCAGAUCUGCUCGGCAACCUCCGGAUGAACGAGGCUGGUUCAGCGCCCUACUUGAACAACCGCUUGCUUGCAAGCAAGCUUGGCAGCGAGGAGACGCCCGUGGUCGGUGACGAUGACGACGACUACAAGAGCUCCCUGCCCCCGCUAGUGUCAGGGCCGGGGCUUAAAAUUCGCAUCCCUCCUGAGCUCAUGCCCGAUGACGACACGAUUCUACAGUACUUUGAUCUCUACUUUACCAAUGUGCACCCGUACGUUCCGGUUCUCGACAAGAACAUCUUCUACCAGCAGUGGCGGACCAACCGGGAGGCCAUCUCACCAUUGUUGAUCGAAGCUCUGUUGGCAAUAGGUGGCCGCCUGGCGGACGACCCGGCGCAAGGACAGCAGUGGCUUGCGCUUGCGACACGGCAUGCGGACUCCUUCAUGGACGUGCCCCGUCUUAGCACGCUGCAGGCGCUUUUGGUCAUGCUGAAAGCACGCGAAGCGGCCCCAAAGCGCGGGUACUACUAUCGGUCAUGGAUGGCCAUCGUUCAAUGUGUGCAAAUGGCAAAGGAUCUCGGACUCGAUGAACACUAUGCCGACCACAAAGCCGGACAGUCGUGUGGUUCCAGCCCUGCGGAAUGCCUGAUGAAGACGCGCAUUUGGCAAACAAUUUUUGUCUGUGAGGUCAUGAUCGGCUCCCCUCAGGGCCGUACGGAUUUGUCGGUAACCGAGGAUUCGGUCGACGUGCGGGAGCCACCCCCGACGCCCGGCGUUGAUGACACGGACAUGCAAGUGUCGCGAAACUUUGUGUACAUGACGCGCAUCAUCUGUAACGUCUCCCGCAUGAACCGUAUCUACGCCCGCAUCAAGCGAAACAAGGAUUGGGGAGCGGAUCCCGAGUUCACGCGGAUGAAUCCUCUUCUUCAUGCUUGGCCCAACGAGUUGCCGCCCGAUCUGGCCAUCACAUUCCCUGCCGACGGGACGCCACCAUGGAUCCCGUCAUCCUUUAUCGGCAACAUGCAUUCAUAUUACUACCUCAGUAUCCUCUUGUUACACCGGCCACAGCUCCAGGCCCUCCCCCCGUCAUCACCCGACGGCAGGUGGAAGCAGCACAUGAUGGUGUGCUACUCGUCGGCCAAACUUCUCUGCCGGUUGGAAGAAUCGAUUCUACAAUCGUUUGGCUUGAACGGACUCCAGAAUAUGCAACGUGGUAUCAACUUCACAAUCUAUUCGGUUCUGACCUGCAUUUUGGUCCAUCUGGUCGCACUCACAUCACCUGACCCUGACUUCAAUACCGAUGCCCGCGAGUACUUUACGAGACAUAUGCGGGUUCUUGAGAAGUGCAUGAGCUCGUGGCCCAUGGCAGAUAUGCAGCGACAGAUUGACGCGAUGCGCGAAGCAUUCUCGGCUGAUGUCCGGAAGCCGUUUGUGCUGAAGCCAACGUUCCCGUACGGCAGCCCGUCGCCGUCUUCGAGUCAUCCCAGCCCCCCUCAGCAACCGACCGGAGCCAGUGAUGUGACGACCCCGACAGCGGCGAGUUUCCGGCCUGACACCCUGCGACAACAAUCGGUGGAUCAGAUCAUCCAGCAGCACCAGCAGCAGCAACAACAGCAGCAACAACAACAGCUUGCCUCGGCUCUGUCACAAGGUCACCAGCCGACUGGAUUUGUUGGACAUCCGAUCUCGCCGCCUGUUUCGGUUGGCGCGUCCGAUAUGAAGUCUCUAGGUGGCUCGCCUCUGGCGGGUGCUUCGCUUGGAAUGAUUUCUGCUGUCACAGAAUCCCAGGAACCCCACGGACUGGAUAACAGCCUCAACCUGGCGAGCGCGCCGGGCUGGAAUCCAGCAAGGAUCUUUGACCAAUGGAACACGACUUUCGGUUCCGCCGAAGUCCCCACCCUCCAGGACAUCCAAGCGGCGCAGGCCGGUCUCACCAUGAAUCCCAAUACCGUUUCCGCCGCCUACCCGACAGCGCCGAUCCCCGCCCAACACACAUUUGUUACGCCAGCGAUGUGGCAGGAGUCCGUCGCCAGCGUGUACGAGGGCGGCCUCAAACGCAGCUGGGACUACGACUCUUAA